AUGCUUCAGGAGAAUUGGAACAAACCUAUUAUUCCACUACAUAAGAAAGGAGACAAGUUAAAGUGUAAUAACUACAGAGGUUUUGCUUUACUAAAUAUAGUGUACAAGGUGUUCUCCGGGAUAUUAUUAAAGCGAUUGCAACUUAAAGCAGAGGAGUGUAUCGGAGAAUACAAGUGCGGAAAUCUAAAUGGAAAAAGCUCAACGGUAGAUCGAGGAAGCAAUAGCUUGACGGGGUAA